AUGGUGUCCACCAAUCAUGUUUUUUCUGGGUUUGCAUUCGUCGGCUUUGUUCUAGUCACUGUCCUCCUGCCUCUCCAUAUAAAAGCAAGAAUUAUCGGUACAUCCGCCCUCAUUAUAUGGAUAUGCUUGCUUUGCUUGAAUGGAUUCGUAAACUCGAUUGUUUGGGAUCAUAAUGUCACCGAUUGGGCACCCGUGUGGUGUGACAUAUCAUCUCAUUUGAUGAUAGGUGGGACAAUUGGUGUACACUCGGCGUGCUUAUGCAUUGCUCGUCACUUGUAUCUUGUCACAAGAAACAUAACCACAAACCGGCCCAGUCAAAUCAGGCAUUGGAGAGCCAUUGCAUGUGACCUUUUUUUGGUUAUAGGAGUUCCAACACUGUACAUAGUCGUAUCUUAUAUUUUUCAAAGUAACCGCUUUGUCAUUUACGAGGAGAUAGGCUGUUAUUUUGCGUUAUACAACACGCAGCCCAUGUACCCGUUACUUAUGAUAUGGCCAUUCAUAGUGUCUCUUAUCCUUCUUGGCUACUUAGGGGUUACUACACGCACCUUGAUACAGCGGGGAGCAGGAUUCAAAAUACUUAUUCAACGUGAUGAACCAUUUUGCCGACUAUUGGCACUGGCCGUUGUGAUGGUCACCUGCACAUUCCCGUGCAGUCUAAUCGCAAUCAUAGUGGGUGCAACUGAAGAUUCAGUUGUUCCUUGGCCUGGGUGGGAUUAUGUGCAUGCCGAAUUUUCCCAUAUUCCCAAAAUUCCAGCUACUGAGUGGCAAGCAACACCUGUAAACAUCGCUGUUUUACAGUUAACGCGAUGGUGUUUUGUGAUGUACGCCUUCAUUGUCUUUGCUUUUUUUGGUUUCACAACAGAAGUAAAGAAGAGCUACCGUUCUGUGUUGGGCUUCCUCAUUAGCUGCUUCGGUAUCUUCGCGAUCUUCAAAGGUCGAAGAAUGAGGCAAGAACAUUUACCUGGUCGUCGCAUAUCCGUACACACUCCCAAAAUAUCAAAGCGUCAUCCACAUACAGUGUCAACUUUCGACAGUCUGCAAAGUACAUCCCGCCACUCAUGCUCACCUGAACUGUCUGACCCGAAAAUGGGGUCUAAUCUGUGCCUACGUACCGAGACUACAGAGUAUCCGGACGACGACGACGGCGAUGCACAGCACUUCGGGAUGUCCGUGCUCGAGUAUCCUGCACCUGUAUUGGACAUCGUAUCCGUCUUACGCCACCAUCCACCCGAUGCAAACCCGGUUUGACACACCCUCACAUGUUUAUCAACAUGGCGUGGACUGUCUGGAGCUGCAGUUCAAGUUGUUGUUUUCUUGAUACUGGAGCUAAGUACUAGAGUCAUGCCUGAAAUUAGUUUCAGUUUAAUCACCUAUUAAAAUGCAUGUUUACUUGCUAUAGAGUAAAUGUGCCGUGCACGUAUGUAGGACCUACUACGUGAUGUUGACAUGGAAAAUCUCUAUGGGCGGCAUUUUGCUGCUAUGUCAUUCCAUUGAUCUGGGAGACUCUUGAUCUCUACUUUGGCGAUCGGGUAUUCCUG